AAAAAAGGGGAAAAAAAAAAAGGAAAAAGGAGAAUGGUGGUGACGACGACGGCGAAUGACGUGGCGUAUGGGGAUUGGAGCGAGACGAGAACUUGCGUGGUGCUCGGAGGCCGAGGAUUUUUAGGGAGAACCCUCGUCGCCAGGCUGCUGCGACUGGGAGGUUGGAUCGUCCGAGUCGCCGAUUCAUCCUCUCACUCUCUGAAGCUCGAUCCUUCCUCCGCUUCCGAUUCUCUCCUCUCCAAUGCUCUCUGCUCUGGACUAGCCUCCUUUUGCAACGUCGACGUUCGCGAUACAUCUCAAAUCAUCAAAGUAACUAAAGGUGCAGAUGUUGUAUUUUACAUGGAACCAUCAGAUUUAAAUACGCAUGAUUUCUGUAAUUGCUACAUGAUCAUAGUUCAAGGUGCAAAAAAUGUCAUUAAUGCGUGCCAAGAUUGUAAAGUUAGACGACUCAUAUACAACAGUUCUGCAGAUGUUGUUUUUGAUGGUUCACAGGAUAUACAUAAUGGUGAUGAAUUGUUCACUUGCCCGGGGAAAUUUCAGGAUAUGUUGAUUGACCUUAGGGUUCAAGCAGAGGGACUGGUCCGGUUAGCUAACAAUAUUGAUGGUCUUCUAACAUGUGUACUUCGCCCUAGCAACAUCUUUGGACCUGGUGACACACAAUUUGUGCCUUUGCUAGUGAAUUUAGCCAAAUCUGGUUUGGCAAAGUUUAUUAUAGGAAGUGGUGAAAAUAUGUCUGACUUUACCUAUGUGGAAAAUGUUGCUCAUGCUCAUAUUUGUGCAGCAGAAACUCUAGAUUCUCGGAUAGUCUCUGUGGCUGGAAAGGCAUUUUUCAUCUCGAAUCUUGAGCCUGUGGUGUUCUGGGAUUUUGUGUCUCUCAUCCUUGAAGGCUUAGGCUAUCAAAGACCGUUCAUAAAAGUUCCUACUUGGAUGGUUUCCUAUAUUCUCUCACUUCAGCAAUAUAUAUAUGACAAAUUGCACUUCAGAAUGUAUAACUAUUCUGUGUCACCUCAUUACUUUGUUCAGUUGGCAUCACGCACCAGAACUUUUGACUGCUCUGUCGCUCAAAAGCAUCUUGGAUACUCACCUGUUGUCUCCCUAGAAGAUGGUGUCAAGUCGACCAUUGAAUCAUUCUCUUGUUUAUCCAAAGACUCAUCUUUUAUGAGAUACGGCAAUUAUAAUGAAAAAUCCAAAGCAGAGAAGCUGCUGGGCAGUGGGAUAGUUGCGGACAUCUUGCUGUGGAGAGAUGAAAAGAGAACAUUUACAUGCUUCCUCACUCUGGCUUUGGUAUUUUACUGGUUCUUUCUCGGCGGAAGAACUUUUACCUCAUCUGCAGCCAAGCUUCUGUUGCUAGUUACAGUUGUUCUUUAUGGAUAUGGCAUUUUACCAUCAAAGAUAUGUGGUUUUGCUGUUCAAAGGAUUUCUUCUUCUUACUUUAAAAUCUCAGAAUCUGCCGUCAGAGAUUCUAUCAGAUCCAUAUCAUAUAUGUGGAAUAAAGGAGUUCGUAAUAUCAGAAUGUUGGCCAAGGGAGAGGAUUGGAGCAAUUUUUUCAAGGCCGUGGUCGUUCUUUAUUUUGUCAUGUUGAUUCUGUCUUAUUCGUUGGCGGUGCUUAUUGGCAUUGCCCUGGUUUUUGCCUUCACUGCAUUCUUUGUUUAUGAACAAUAUGAAUCAGAGAUCGAUGGAUUAGGGAAGGUCCUGUGCUGUGGUAUCAUGGAAUCAAAAGGAUUGUUAAUGAGGACCCUACCAGCUUCCAUCACAUCAUUUCUUGGAAACUACAGAAUUUUGGAUCAAGAAGAAGCUCCUGCUGUGGUAAAGGAGUGGAAAUAGCCGGAUCAAGCGCUUGGAAUAUUUUAAUUUCCGUAAGUGAUCAGCUAUCAUGGUUAGACUUGCAGAACAAUUGUUUUCCUAGCAAAAUAGAGAAGCAAAUGGGGUCAGUAGUUUAAUCGAACAGCAUAAGUUCUGUCCCUUCUCCGUUAAUACUAAUUGUUCAUCUUGAAGCAAAGUAGGACAUAGGGAUACAUGCACAUACAAAAACGUUUCUGUAGCACAUGUGGAGCGUAUUAGAAAUAAAAAAUACUUUGACUUCUGCUU